AUGGAUAUUAUGUUUAUCUUACAUUUAGGAUUUAUGAAAAUGGAAACUUAUGAGGCAUUUGUAGGCUUUGAUCCCUGUAAGAUACCGCUUUCCAGUGUUGCUCAGAAGAUUAUGUCUGCUGUGUACUCAGGUGACUUAGUGGAGUCUAAGCAUUGGAGAGGGGUGAAAAGAGUGACUGCAGAAGUGGUGAAUAAAUCCCGUAUUAAGUGUUCAGUACUUCUCGAAGAUGGGAAGAAUCAAUCACUGGAAAAAAGGCCCUCCGGUGUCAGACUCACGGACCAGCCAUCUGCUGCCAGACGGAAGAGCAGCAGCUCACCGCUGCCUCCCAGCUGUCUGCCUCCACCGUGGAAGCAGGAGGCUUCGGUUCUGCAGAAAAUGGAAUGGAAAAGAAAACAAUUCCUAAAGGAAGAUAUAGGUAAUGAAAAAAGAGAAAGCAUGAACAUAGCACAUAAUUUUUCGGGGAGAACAAGCAAACGCGUGGCAUCGGAAGAAGACGCUGCUGAGGUCAAAGCCUACCUAAAUUGUGGGAACCCCAGAGCAUGCGAAAACCAUUUUUGUGAUAGUAGGUAUUUGGAUGAUGGAGCAAAAAGCCAAGUGAUUGAAAUGCUCCAAGAGGCUGAGGCCCUGGUGGUGACACCGAUGUAUGAGGAUGGUUGGACCCAGCUGAGAGUGGCCCAGGCAUCGUGGUGUCACUGCAGAGCCGUGCAGUUGGCAGUGGUCCCCUGGACAUCCCAGCUUCUGACGGCGCCCCCGGGGGAAGUCUCCACACCCAGUCCACGGUGUAACUACAUAGAAAUGGAGCCUCCUCCGAUGGGGGCCAAGAGCAUGAGGCAUAUAAUCAGUUUUCCAGGUCAGACAUCUCCACUCACUGCCUUAAGUCCUACUUACAUGCCUGCUUCAGUCCAAUGUAAGGUCUCCCAAGCUCCAUACUAUGUAAGUGGUAGCUAUACAAUAGGAGCGUUUUUUCCAAGGUCAGAGGUCAGAAAAUCAGUGAAUUGGUUUUCAUCUCCCAGGAAAGUGCUGUUUCAUACUCUGAAAUGUAAAUGUCCUGUCAUUUGUUUUCAUGCCAAGGAUUUUGUGAGGACAGUGCUGCAGUUUUUUGGUAAUGAUGGCGGUUGGAAGCAUGUUGUGCAUUUCGUGGGGCUAGACCCCAGAAUUGCCGCACGGCUCCUAGAUCCUGAGGAUGCCACACCUUCUUUUGAAGAUUUAGUAGCAAAAUACCUCGAAAGCGCCAUAUCUGUCACCGUGAGCAGCACUUACGGGAAUUCCUCAAGAAAUGUGGUGAACCAGAAUGUAUGUGUGAACCUGAAGAUACUCUACAGACUCACAAUGGGCCUUUGUUCUCAGUUGAAGGUUUACGGUUUAUGGCAACUAUUUUGUACUUUGGAGCUUCCUCUGAUACCGGUUUUGGCAGUGAUGGAAAGCCACAGCAUUCGGGUGAACGGAGAAGAAAUGGAGAGGACUUCAGCACUUCUUGGGUCUCGUCUCAAGGAAUCGGAGCAGGAAGCUCAUUUUGUGGCAGGAGAACAGUUUCUUAAAACGAGUAAUAAUCAGCUUCGAGAGGAAAACCUGCUGAGUCCCAGGGACCCUCUUCCCAGAACAGGGCCGCGGGGGCUCCCGUCCACCUCAGAGGCCGUGUUAAAUGCCCUGCAAGAUCUUCAUCUGUUACCCAAGAUAAUUUUGGAAUAUAGGCGGGUUCACAAGACCAAGUCAGCCUUUGUGGAUGGAUUACCAGCUCGCAUGAAAAAGGGCUCCAUUUCCUGUAUGUGGAAUCAGACAGGAACUGUGACUGGAAGACUUUCAGCGAGGCAUGCAAAUAUUCAAGGUAUCUCCAAGCACCCAAUUCGGAUUACUAAACCGCAGAAUUUUAAAGGUGCGGAAGGCGGAAGGCUCACCGUCUCCCCAAGGAGCACGUUGGUCUCACCCGAGGGCCACACCUUCCUGGCGGCAGACUUUUCACAGAUUGAAUUGCGCAUUCUUGCACACUUAUCUGGGGAUCCGGAACUUUGGAAGCUAUUCCGGGAAUCUGAAAAAGAUGAUGUAUUUUCUACCCUGACUUCACCGUGGUAAGAUAUAUGAGCUCACAAUAUGCUACACGCUGACAGAAAGAAAAAAAAGAAAAUCACUGGGGCCGUUUCUGUCCGUGCAGGGAAGGAGCGGCUUGCUGCUUGCCUUGGAAUUACUGUGCCGGAAGCUGCCCAGUUUUUGGAGAGUUUUUUGCAGAAGUACAAGAAAAUCAAGGACUUUGCCCAAACAACCGUUGCCCAGGGUCACCGGACAGGCUACGUGGCAUCCAUCGUGGGCCGAAGGAGACCGCUGCCGAGGGUCCACACACAAGACCAGCGGCUCCGGGCACGAGCAGAGCGACAGGCGGUGAACUUCGUGGCACCAGGCACCCGGAGCCCCUCAGCCCAUUCGCCGUGUGCAUGUGCUUCUUGGGUCCUUGCCGGCCGCGGCCUCGGGUUGUCCCGUCCUCACCGGCAGCUCCCGUGGGGAGGCACCGGCGAAAUGACUCUGACCAAGACCUUGCAGGAAGGCCCCCAGGCCCAGCAGGCCCUCCUGGGUCCUGCAGCCGUCAGCAGGGGGCCGCUGGCUGGCCUCAGCGGCCACACUUCCACAUCCAGCAUUGCUGCCACACUCUCGGGGGAAGGGACGUCCCUAUGCUCGGCCGCAGACCUCCGUAAGAUGGCCGUGACCCACGGUACUGCAGUGGCCGCUUCCCCUACCCUGGCGGCCAGCAACGCCUCCCACUUCCCGCACGUGGAGGCAGAGGGGCCCCCUGGGCCUGAGCUCCUGUCGCACUCCUGGGAGGGCCCUCGCCUGACCCAGGCUGGGCCAAGUGCCCGAGGUCUGGCCCACGGCGGCUGCGAGCCGGGGAAGCCGCCUCGGCAGCCCCUGCCCCAGGCACUGCCCCUGACCGUCUGCCUCAGGGAGAAGCGGCACGGGAGGGGGCCAGCGCAGGCUGCCAUCCAGGGCCUGGGGUGGAGCGACGGAGGGCGGGUGUCUGAGACCCCACAGGCGCAAGUCACCCGUGGGCACCUGUCCCGGGGUCUGGGCCACGUCUCUGAGGACGUGCGCGUGCUGUUGGUGACACUGUCCACUUGCGGCAGCCCAGGCUCCAUCAUAGAAAUGCAGAAUCCCACAACUGCCGACUUUGGUUCAGAGGUUCAGGGCGGCAAGACCAAGGCAGGUGACCGCAGGCAGCAGGAGCUGGCUAGGUCUUCCUGCUCCCACAAGUCACGUCCUUCCAUGGCGCCCUGUGUGUCCCAUCGCUGCAUGAAGCUCGGGCUGGAGGGCAGGUGUCCCUUGCUGACCCAGGCCACAUGGCAGGGCCAGGCCACCAGCACCAAGAAGUGCCCCCACAGGCUCUACCAUUAUGUGGACAUCCACAGGGAAUUUGGCGGGGAGCGCGGGCCCUCCUGCCCCAGCAGCUGCAGCCAGAGUUGCCCUCUAUCCUUCCUCCUCCCAGCCCCAGGGCCUCUGGACAGAACUGGAGGCCCUGGCACGGCACUUGCCCCCCCCUGGCCAGACCCCCACUGGCUGAGGUCGGCAGCAGAGAAGCCGUUCUACAGCCUGGAGGGCGCUUUUGCCCCAGGGACCCAUGCUCUUGUCAGGGGCACCAGAGCUGCACCUGCAGGUGUGGCCCAUGUCCGCCUGCAUCGUAGGCUUGGGAACUGGCCUCGGAGGGCUGGCCUGGGCCUGGCACCCAAAUCUGGCUGCGGCCCACAGAUGCCCCCGAAGGUGAGCCUGAGUGCCGGCCGCUCGUGGGGACACCUGGCGCCACUGCGGGAGGCCCCGGGCCCUCGGCCCAGCCCACGUCUCGCGGAGUCUCCAAGCAGCCACCCAGCCACCGCCAGCCCCUGUGCCAGCACCUUCCCCCGGUGUGUGCAUUUUUCCCCUUCAUUUUGUCUGUGGCCCCAGGCAACAGUGGGAGGAGAGAACUGGUUUCCACCAGCCCGUCGUGUGGCUGUCCCCAAGGUCAGCACGGGGCACUUUGUACUGGCGUCACGGCCAGAGCAGGCUGUGGAGGGGGCCACGCUCACCCCCCAGGUUGUCCCCUGGAGUAAAGGUCUUUUCAAAGCCGGCCGAAUUCCUCCCAGGGAUGGGAAAUGCCUGUCCACAGCCCUCAGCCAGACCCAGGGCUGAGUGCCCGACACGUGGCCCUGCCUGGCUCACCGCAGGCCCUCCCAGCCCUGCUCCCAUGGAGCCUGGGGGUGGGC